AUGACAUGUAUGCAUAUCGAAUAUAUUUAUGGAGGUAAAUUGUGUCUUGCAGAGCAUGAUGCAUCGGUUAUUCUUGAUAUUCUUAGAGCAACAGAUGAAUUUUGCAUGGACGAAUUAUCAGAAUAUAUACAAGACUAUUUGAUAGAAAAUCCAUGGAGAUUAUUAUCACAUUUUGUUCGAGUACAUCGUUUUGCAUCAGAAGAGGAAAGAUAUCCGAAAAUAAGAAAAUGCGUGAUUGAAAUUAUAAAGGAAAAUCCUGCAACAAUUUUUGACUCGAGUGAUUUUGUUAAAAUGGAAGACAAAACAUUAUUUUGUUUUCUUAAAUAUCAUAAUUUCAACCUAAAACCGAUUUUAUUGUGGAAACAUAUUUUAGAAUGGGGUUUAGCACAACCUAGUAAUAGUUGUCUGCCACCAUCGUCAUCAUCAUCAUUGAAUUCUGAUUGGUCAGAAAAUGAUUUCAAAUUACUGGGUAAUUCAUUAAAGCCAUUCCUACCACUAAUACCAUUUACAAAAAUGUCUGCUGACGAAAUAGUCGAAAAUGUGAGACCUUGGAUGAAAAGUUUGGAUGCUGCUAUACCAGAUUUUUAUAAAGAAAUUUACAAUUAUCAUUUUUUGCCAGAAAGUGAUGAUUUAAAAAAAAAUUUACCAGAUUUAUACUUUACAUCUAGUAUCUAUUCAAAUAAUGGCGAUGAUGAUGAUAUCUUUGAUUCACAGCUUGCAACUCCAUCGGAUUUACAUUUAAUUAUGGGUUGGGUUGAUAGCGAUUAUGUCAACAAUAAAACUACAAAAAGUUUUAUUUUUUCGUUGGGUGAUAAAGUAUUUAAAUUUGAUCCGAUUCUUAGUAGAGUGACGAAUUAUGAAUGUGCAAUUUUUCAAAGCAUGUAUUACGGACCAUGUUUUGGAGGUGGGUUGAAAGGUGAUUUGAAAUUAGCAGGUGAAAAUUUCAAGGAAAAUAGUGCAUCUUGUUGUAUUCAACACAGUUAUGAAUCUAGUAUUCGAUCUUCGGAAGAUGGUUUCUCCAUCGAUGAAUAUGAAGUGUUUCAAAUUGUUGAAAAGAAAGGUAAAGAAACUAUCAAUAAUAAGAAUAAUACUACUCUUGGAAGUAUUAGUAGCAAUUAUAUUCUAAGAAUAUUCAAAAAUUAUAGCUCAUUUCCUGCACAAAUCGAUGCAAAAAUAACUACUCGUGGAGAGAAUAAUAUAACAACCAAAUACGACGAACCUUUACGGUGGAAUCAACUCUAG